AUGGACACAAAUACAAAUGCACAUGCAGAUGCGGAAUUAAAGACAAAUACAGAGUCACCAAAAAACGCAGAAGAUCUAUCAACCAAUAUCACCCAACCCACGCAGCUCUACCUAAACACUCAAGACACGCGCAAAUUAUCUACAGAUUCAUCUCAGCACACCCAUGUCUGCAGUAGACAUAGCUCCAGCUUCGACAAGUACCACUCGAGCUCAACGAUACACCAAGACUCCCCUGCGUCGCACGACCUCCUCAACCAAGACAUAGCCUACUAUUUUCCCAACAAAGCCUACCGCUUCCAGAAGAAGUGGGUGCUGGUGGCUAUGACAGCGUUGUCUUUCGCUACGAUAGGUAUCAAUGAUAGCGCUGUAGGUGCGUUAAUGCCGCAGAUGGAGAAAUACUACCACAAAAGCGAAGCUAUAAUGUCCUUCUCCUUCCUUGCGAACUCGGGUGGCUAUGUCAUCUCAACCGCCACAUCCUCAUUCCUGAUACACCACCUGCAAUUGCGCUACGUACUUAUGAUCGCCAGCUGUAUUUAUUCGUUAGGCUCAUUAAUUGGCACAUUUAGACCACCCUUCGGUGCUCUCAUGGUUUCUUUUAUCCUAACUGGCUUUGGUGGUGGGUUGCUAGACACUGCGGCUACAUCUGUAAUCGUCCAUUUCGAAGAUGGGCCACUGCUCACAGUGACAUACUCCUUUUUCUCGCUCGGAUCUAUGGCGUCGCCAUUCCUCGUCGGCGGACUGCAGAGCGGCGAUAAGCAGCCAUGGGAACUUUACUUCUGGUUUCCGUUCUCCCUAGCUGCUUUUCUCUUCCUCUUGCAGUGGUUCGUCUAUCGCUCGUACAAGGCUCCAAUUGAGAAGGAUGCGUUGCAUCUGAGUGCUGCGCGCAAAUUUCGCCUCGUAAUCACUGACUGGACCAUCAUAAUCGGUGUCUCGCUCACCUUUGUUGUGUUUGCAAUGCAGGACUCUUGGAGCCAGUGGGCGAGCAAGUAUUUGCAGGACACGAAGGAGCUCGGUGACGGUAUUCCCCAGAUCGCCCAAGGGACGUUCUGGGCCGGCGUGGCUGUUUCGCGCAUAGUGCUGUGCAAAUUAGUCGCUAUGGUGGGUGACAUCAAGGCAUCGGUCAGCCUCUGCGCUAUGUUUGCCCUCGUCUUGGUCGGUGUGUGGUUGGUCGAGACGCAGCAUUUGGCAGGUGCUAUAUGUCUUAAUAUCCUGCUCGGUUUCGUCGACGGACCACUCGUACCCGUCGUGCUGUCUACCAGUGUUAAUACUCUGCCUCACUACCUCAAACAGCCUGCUACAUCGGCCAUUGUGUGUGGCGGUUUAGUUGGCUCUAGCAUUAUUCCCCUUGCUGUGGGACAGGCUGUCAACGCCUUCUCUACCGAUAUUGUGCCAGGAGUACUUAUUGUUAUUGCAGCAGUCAGCAUCCUCCUCUAUACCGUGCUGUAUACCACUAAAUACCUCAAGCUGAUGAAAGAUAAUGAUAUCAAGCCUAGCAUAAGUGGUUGGAUGAAAGCUUCAAUUAGCAAAAAUACCUCUUUUUCCUCUAAGCAUAGAGAAUGCGCGCAACAGUCCCAAGCAUCACCAUAA